GAUCGUCGACUGCAUGGCUUAACAAAAUCAACACAACAACGCAACCAAUCGACCGCUAAUCCCACGAAAUCAGAGCCUGCUUGUGUAACUGCAGAACCCCCGGGUGUCGAGACAAAGCCUGCCGCGCUGCCCUUGAGCAAUAGCGCCCCCUGAGGUGGCCAGCGGUAGCCGCGCCUCUCGCAUUACAGCGAGAGACGACCACAGUGUUUGAACACAGGGCCGGCUGUCUAGCACGGCCUGUUAAACAGUAAUAACAAGCUCAUAGUGUCGUGUUGAGUGACUGGGACAAGAUCAGCACACACACACACACACACACUCGCACGCACACACACAAACACACACACAAUAACUCACACACACACACACACUGUGUCUCACAUGCACACACACGUACAGUGUCACAUACACGCAGACACACACACAAAAACACACAUUCAGACACACACACAUACACACACAUGCACAAACACACGCACAAUUGCUGCCUAGUGGAAAGUAUGAUGCAAGGGCAUUUCAGCAUCGUAAUGUUCACGUGCACAAUAGGAACACAUCCUUGGACAACAUCUGCUGAGCAGUGUGUGUGUGUGUGUAUUUUUGUGUGUGUGUGUGUGUGUGUGUGGGUACGUUUGUUUUGUUUGUGUGUGUAUGUGCCACUGGUAUGUAUGCGUGUGGGCUGGACGGCAUUCAAGAGUUAAAAAUCUGUUUUUAAAUUCCGAAAAGUGCUUGAUGUGUCUCAGCAGCCCAUGUCUGAGUGGGUAUCCAUCAAAACAAGUCCCACAGAAGCCCUCUUUGUGACCACUGGACGGUAGCCAUCCGAUGAGAAUGUGGCCUUGUAAGCCUGCACAAUGUAGCCUGUGCAGUGCAUAUUUGGGGCAAGAGCGGCAUGGUUUUCAGAUGAGGGGUUAUGCAGUGACACAAGCCCUGGCAUUUGGGUUGAUUCCUUCCUACAGUGGAGAUGUUUUUUCUUUUUUUUUUUUAAUACUUAAACCUCGAAACCGCACUAACAAGUUAAUCUGCCCUCGGCCAUUUCCUCCUCAGACUCCCUCCUGAUAACAAGGGGAUUUACUCUUCUCUAUCCUUCUCCGGAUCAGUGGCCUACUUUGCAUGACAUGCAUGAAAAAAAGUCUUAACCAAUCCUAACCCAUCGUUUGCUUCCUUUGAUUUUGUGUUUGUGUUUGGGGUCUUGAUUACAUGACUUGCUUGUUGUGGCAUUUAGAAAAAAGGUCAUUGCCAAUGAAUAACAGAUGGUCUGGCCAGGCUCUGCAAUGCCCCUCCAUGGAAAUACAGGGGUACUGGGGAGGAAGGUGUAGCUACAGCCAUGGACUCAUCAGAGAAUCACCGUGUGACUUCACUGUUUGCAAAUCAACAUAGCUUUCAACAUAAUCAAUUUGAUUUACUUCAAUAUUCUUUGGGUUGCAUAUCUGGAUUCUGGCUCGUGCUGCAAUUUAAAAUGCAUCAGAUGAUAGCAUACAGCAUAGGAGCAUACCUUCUGUGUAUUAUUGUACACAAGUAAGUUAUUUGACACUAUAUCUAACCAAAGUAGCUGCUGAAUACAUAUAAUAUUGAUGCUAUCAUGCUGGUCAGCCUCACCUUUCAUCUUCAAGGAGUCCCAUGACAUUAUAACAACCUUUAAUUUUGCACAAAGAAAUCACAUAACAUAACGGAGAAUAGAUGCAACCAACAAUCAAAGAGGUUGUGCAUUCAAAAUUCACAAUUAGGCCAUGCAUCAAUAUAAAAUGCACCCAAAGAUUGUGCUGAAGUAAUGCUUUGAAUGCCAAUUUAAGUCAACUGAUACCUCCCACUCUCAAACCCAUGGGUGGAAGGGGGUGAUGAGGUUAGAAAUCAAAAGUUUCACUUCCUCCAGAAGGCACCAGGGGACCGCCUGUUAUUGGUUUAUCAGUUGGAGGGGGGCGUGUCACUAGACAACCUAACCUUUGCUUGCUACACGUGCAUGCAUGCAUGAAAGACUCACUGAGCCACACUUGGGGUCCGCCGGAACAGUGAGAAGGUGGGGAAGGACCUCCUGGACAGGACCAAAAAGCGUCUGGACAAGAAGGCCUUGUCCACUGCCAACCUGUACUCCCGCUCCAGCAGCCUGGAGACUCGGGCCAAAGACAUGAUAGCCAGCACAGCGAAUUCCGGGUCGCGGAGAGGAACGUACAGCCAAGAACAGUCCACCAAGAUGUUCAUCCGGGGACGCCCCAUCACCAUGUACAUCCCCUCCAACAUACUGAACUACGAGGACCUGAAGAUGGAGCUGCCCUCCGCCAAGCUGGAGCUGGACUGGGUCUAUGGCUACCGGGGUCGGGAUUGCCGUGCCAACCUGUACUUCCUGCCGACGGGCGAGGCGGUGUACUUCAACGCCUGCGUGGUGGUGCUGUACCACAUCAACAACCGCACACAGCGGCACUACCGCAAGCACACUGACUGCGUCCGCUGUCUGACACUCCAUCCCGAUAACGUGCGCGUGGCGUCCGGCCAGACGUCCGGCGUGGAUAAGGACGGAAAGCCACUCCAGCCGUGUGUCCACAUCUGGGACUCUAACACGCUGGUCACCCUGCAGCUGAUCGGCCUGGGAACCUUCGAGAGGGGGGUGGGCUCGGUGGCCUUCUCCAUCGCUGACGCCGGGGCCGUCCUCUGCGUGAUCGACGACUCCAACGAGCACAUGAUGUCCCUGUGGGACUCCACCAAGGGGACCAAGCAUGCCGAGGUCAAGAGCACCAAUGAGGCUGUGUUCGCCGUGGAAUUCAACCCGGUCGACGGCAGCAACAUCAUCACCUGCGGAAAGUCCCACGUGUACUUCUGGACCCUGAGUGGCGGGCAGCUCACCAAGAAGCAAGGCAUCUUUGGAAAAUACAAGAAGCCCAAGUUCAUCCAGUGUUUCAUCUUCAGCCUGACGGGGGACGUCCUCACCGGAGACUCGGAGGGGAACAUCCUGACCUGGGGGAAGUCCGCGGCCGACGUGAAGACCCUGGGGAAAGGCGCUAAAGAGACCCUACAGAUCAUGCGGCAGACCAAGGCCCACGAGGGCAGCGUGUUCACCCUGUGCGCCCUGCAGGGCGGCGGUCUACUCAGCGGCGGCGGCAAGGACCGCAGGAUCAUCCGCUGGAGCGCAGACCUGGCCCCGGAGAGAGAGUGUGAGAUCCCUGAGCAGUUCGGAGCGGUCCGUACCAUUGCGAAUGUGGACGGGGAGGAGCUGUUAGUUGGUACAACCCGGAACGCUAUCCUGAGGGGCACCUUUUCACAGGGAUUCGUGGCGAUUGUGCAGGGUCACAUGGAUGAGAUGUGGGGCUUGGCCACACAUCCCUCCCAGAAUACCUUCCUCACCUGCGGCCACGACAGACAGGUGUGUCUGUGGAACACAGAGGAACACAAGCUGGACUGGUGCACUACACUGGAGGAGUACGGCUUGUGUGCAGACUUCUGUCCAAAUGGCGCCGUGGUCUCCGUGGGCCUCUGCACUGGCAGGUGGUUGGUCCUUGACCUGCUGACCAUGGAGGUGGUCACAGACCUAACGGACGGGAACGAGCAGCACUCUGUCAUGAGAUAUUCUCCAGAUGGCAGCUAUCUAGCUGUGGGUUCCCAUGACAACUUUAUCUACAUCUACACUGUGACGGAGAGUGGCAGGCGCUACACCCGUUUUGGCAAGUGCAACGGCCACUCCAGCUUUAUAACGCACCUUGAUUGGUCCAAAGAUGGGAAUUACAUCAUGUCAAAUUCGGGCGACUAUGAGAUCCUCUAUUGGGACAUCACUGGAGGUUGUAAACUAUUGAGGAACCGCUUCGAGAGCAAAGACCGGGAGUGGGCCUCCUACACAUGUGUGCUGGGCUUCCACGUCAUGGGCGUCUGGCUGGAGGGCUCGGACGGCACCGACAUCAACGCCCUGUGCCGCUCCCACAGCGAGAGGCUGGUGGCCGUGGCCGACGACUUCUGCAAGGUCCACCUCUUCCAGUACCCCUGUCCAAAGCCUAAGGCCCCGAGCCUGAUGUACGACGGCCACGGGAGUCACGUGACCAACGUGUGCUUCACGCACAGCGACGACCACCUGCUCUCCAUGGGGGGCAAGGACACCUGCAUCCUCCAGUGGAAGGUGAUCGGAUGUGGGGGAGGGGGAGGAGGAGGAGGAGGAGGAGGGGGAGCCGGCAGCCGCGAGAGACUGGCCUCCACCAGCUCCCCAGAACCGACCACUAGCUGAAGGGAAGGGAAUCCCUUCGGCCAUGGACUGCUUAGAGCAGCCUUGUUUCACGGGCCUCGUUUUGGUGGACUCUCCUGAGGUCAUAAAUGCUUCGGCCACCAGAGGGCGACGUAGGUCUUGCCUCGGUCUUUUUUCUUCAUCGCUGACGUCCCCAACGAAAACGAUCAAACGCUCAGAAGAGACAAAGCAUUGCCACAUUGGAACAUUUCAUUGGGAAUGUUGCCAAUAAGAAAAGCAUAAUCACGCCAUACUCUAUCGAUUCCCAACAUCUUACUGUGCUUGUGGGGUUGGACAUUUAAUAACUGGACACCAUGGCAUCACAAUAGGAAUGUGCACAAUCUACUCAUGCUCCCCCAAUAGCCCAGGCCACACUUGGCAACCAUCUUAUGUCGUUUUAAAUUAAAGUCCAUAAAGAUGUGGAACAGAAAAACUGUUUACCAGGGCUGCCAGUGAUAUUCUAUUACGUAUAACAAUGCAGAUGUUGUACUUCAAUAUAUAAUGAGACAUGGCUAUGCUAUUACUGUUGCUGGCCUACAUUGAGAUGCCGAUUAGAUCAUUGUAUGCGGUAUUUACGGUAUUACAACUGUCAUACAAUGUUAUCUUUACAGUAAACUCCUGACCACCUACAGCCACUAAAUAUAAAUUUAGUAUUGAGUGUGUUUUUUUUAGAAUGGAUUUCCUGAAACAGAUGACGUUCUUAAUGUUUACUGUGUGAGUGAGUGAUUGUGUGUGUGUGUGUGUGUGUGUGUGUGCAUGCAUGCGCAUGUGAACAUAGAGAGAACCAGAAUGCAAAAUAGAACGGUUUGCGGAAGGAGAAGUUAGAUGUUCCACUUAACCGUGCCUAUCGUGUAGUGCGUCAUCGUUUUUUUUCUGUCUAAUAGAUUGAGAACAUUACUUGAGGGUUGACCGAAGUAAAGCUGUACAGUAGAAGAUCCAAUACGUUGCGUUAUGCAACAUGUUUUACAUGCCAAAGAAGAAGGAAAGGGCUGAAAAGGAGGGAUAGAGAAAUACUGAGAUGAGAAAUAAACUGUAAUGGAUGUAAAGAAUUCCAGUGAAGCAUAUUGUGUAUAAUCAUGUUCACACUGCCAUAUGACUUGUGAAGACCGCUUCCAUUACAAAUACCAUCAAAUAACAUUCCAUUGUGUGUUUUUGUUUCUAUUUGCACGCUUUUUCUGUUUACUAGGAACCAGCAAUCAAAAAAUAGUGAUGGCAUAUUUGGAUCUUAAAUGUGGGUACCUCUGAAUUCAUUAUUAUAUAACAAUAACGGCUUAUUGUUUGUGUGUCUAUUACUGUGAUGCAAAUAUGUAAGUUGAAUAUGGGAUAUCAAUACAUUUAAUGAUUACAUUUCUGUAUUUCUUUCAUUAAAAGACGAUGGAGACUUCGUUUACUUGUGUUUGAAUUAUUUGCUCAUUUUGAGUAGACUUUGUGCUGCAUUGGGGGCCAUACGCCGCUAGAGGGCAGCUCUAGUUCAAGUUUCAUCCGGUUCGAGGGGUUAUCGUU